CCGAACCCUUCUCCCAACUCCUCAUCUCAUCGCAACCUUCUCCAUCCAACUCCUCUCCGCGAACACCCUCUCCUCCUCUCACGUCCUCUCCAGCAAACCCCUCUCCGGCGAACUCCUCUCCGCGAAGCUCCUCUCCUCUGAAUUCCUUCACGCAAAUGCCCUAAUCACGGUCGUGGGGAGAAGAAGCAAGGAUUCUUCUCGGUGCUAAGGGAGGAGGUUGCGAGGGGGCUUUCUCCAUCACGGUCGAGGUUGCGAAUGCGACGACAGGAUUAUGGCGAGGGUCAGCGCGGUUGAGUGGUUGAGGAGCGGAAGCGGCAGAUGCUGCUGUUCCUUCAAGCGGAUCACCUUUGUGAUUUGCUGCGUUAAUCUGGUUGUCGCGCUCCUCGUGAUUCAUUCGUUCUACACUUCCUUCUUCUUCUGCCCUUCGUCUGGGCUCAACCGAAAUUAUCUCGCCGAUCAGACAAAGAAAAUGGAAGAAUCGAUCCGGAUAUGAAGAGAAAUGGGGCCUUUGGCUCUCGUUAAUGCGGCGAGGAUGCUCAGAAUGAAGUUAUCCAGAGAAGAGAAAAAGGGUUGUAUUCAGUUGUCACAACUGGUGAUGCAUAAGUUGGCCAGCGAGAUUCUGCAGAUGCUGCAAGGUGUGGGCAAUACUAACGUGACGGAACAACAGGAAAACGGCAUUGGUCCACAGAAUGGGGCGCAAUAUGGGGCUCCGUUCGUUGAGGAGGAAUGGGAAGAACAAGAGAUUGCUAAUGGAGUGGUCCUGAUGCCCGAUGCUGAGGAUGAUGAUGAUGCUGUUGACGCUCAUGAUCAGGAAUACUUGGAAUUCAAUGAUCUUCUUCAGGAUCAAAUAGUAAGUUGGAUUUUUUUAUGUUCAAUUUCUUUUAUAAACUUAAACCAGUCCUGAGAGAGUUACCUGAAAUGAAAAUGAAAUUCCUUAUAUUCUGAACAUUGAAAAGGGCUACUAUGGCAAUUCUGAAGGUUGUGAGUAUUUAAUAGUAUCUAGGUGGUAAUAAUAUCAUAUUUCACAUGAUUUACUACGGUUAUUUUAAUCGUAGUAAUGCAACUUGUCUGACGAAAUGCUAAUCGUGUUGACUUUUACAUUCUCCGAUUCCUCAAGUAAAAUUCCUAUUUGUAGGAUUUGAUAAUAAAAAUACAUGACGCAUUUCCUUCCAUAAUUUGAUAAAUUCAUCCUAUUUUUCAGCUUAUAUUUUCCUUGUUAAACAUAGCUUUCUAGUAUUUGUUUUUUAACUUGUUG